UAUUUUCCCGCUAGAAAACGCCCAAUAAUUAAGCAAUAAACAAUGUCGGUUAGCAACGCAAGUCCAGGGAUUUUCAAUCACAUCCCUAUCAUUGACCUCUCGACAUUAAGGAGUCCCGUGCUGAAGGAGCGCCAACAGCUGGCAAAGGAGAUCUUUACUGCCUGUACGCAGGUCGGAUUCUUCUACAUCAAGAAUCAUGGAAUAGCUGAGGACCUCAUCACUUCCCUCCACGACAUGGCGCGUCAGUUCUUCACUCUGUCGCAGAAGCAAAAGAUGGAUUAUUAUAUUGGAAGAUCGAGGAAAUUUCGCGGUUUCAUGUCUCUCUACUCAGAGCAGCCCACUGACACGGAUCUCGGGACCGUCCCCAAGCCAGACCCUACCUCACCCGGGGCCUUUUCCGAAUCCUUCGAUAUCGGUUAUGAAGUCGCAGCCGACCCUCUGAAGAGCCAACAUGACGCCCUUCCUCCAGACACGUAUGAUCUGUAUGGGGAUAACCAAUGGCCUGAGGAGGAUGUCCUUCCUGGGUUCCGCGAAAUCUAUCUUCGAUACUUUGCUGAGGCGUUGACCUUAUCUCGGGCGCUGAUACGAAUCUUUGCGCUAGCACUGGAUUUACCCGAGGACUUCUUCGACCCGAUGGUCAAGAACCCCGGGGCUACGUCGAGGAUGUUGCAUUAUCCACCGCAGCCGGUCGCGGGCGAGGUGAAAGUCGGACUUGGAGAACACACGGACUACGAAUGUUUCACUAUACUCUCACAAGAUCGAGUCCCGGCUUUGCAGGUUCUCAAUGCUCGAGAGGAAUGGGUCCUGGCGCCGCCCAUUCCUGGCACUUUGGUAGUGAACAUUUCGGACUGCUUGUCCAUCUGGACCAAUAAAAAGUUCAAAUCGACCAUCCAUCGCGUCACCAACCUGACCGGACAGGAGCGAUAUACCAUCCCCUUCUUCUUUGGUGUGGACUAUGACACCACUGUGGCUGUGCUGCCGAGCUGCAUUACCGAGGAUAGUCCUGCGUGCAAGACGCCGUUCAAAGCGGGGGAGUGGGUGCGCCACCAAUUGACUACGGCCUAUGUUGGAUACGAGGCAGAGCCGCCGACCCAAGGGAACUAA